AUGACUCAUAGCAAGAAACUCUCCACUGGACUGAGGUUGACCAUGGAAGGACAAAAAACCCCGAUUGAGAUUGCCACAAAAGGGUGGAGUGCAAAAACUAUCAUGAAUACUUUGAUUAAGAAAACCAAUGCCAAAGAUGAACGCACUCUAGCUCCGCCUAAACUCCCCUGGUAUAAGGCUGAAUCCUUACCCAGCAGUAGGGCACCUGUUGUGAAAAAGGUGCUAGUCGAAAGUAAGGCUGCGGCUGCUGAAUAA